GAAAUGAAUCAGGCCAUUGCACAUUGAGGGUGUCUCCUUUGGAAGAUACACAGGGUAUGAUUAAGAACCCUAUAUAAGAUCUCUGCUCCACUCCAAAAUACUCUACUGCACUUUUCUUGUUCCUGGACCGGGCUCACUCGAACGUGUAGGGAGAUGACUCAGCUGCUAAGCAAUAUCAAAGGCAUUAUCAAUGCUUUCUACGUGUUCGCAAAGAAGGAUGGCGCCUGCCCCACGCUGAGCAAGGGGGAGCUGAGACAGCUCAUCCAUCAGGAGUUUGCUGAUGUGACCGUGGUCCCCCAGGGUCUCCAGACCAUAGACAAGCUGCUGCAGCUGCUGGACACUGACAGUGAUGGCAGACUUGACUUCAACGGGUUUCUCGUCCUGAUCUUCCAAGUGGCCAAGGCUUGUUACGGGGAAGUAAGCCAGGGUCAGCGACCAGGCCACGGUGGAAGCUCAGCAUCUCAGGGAGAAGCAAACUGUGGGGAGCGCACAAAGGAGCCUCCGACACCAGAGCGGGACCCGAGCCCACGUCAGGCCCCUGAGCCUCAAACACCAGAGCGGGACUCGAUUCCCUGUCAGGCCCCGGAGCCCCAGAUACCAGAGCAGGAUUCGAGUCCCUGUCAGGCCCCGGAGCUCCAGAUACCAGAGCAGGAUUCGAAUCCCUGUCAGGCCCCGGAGGCCCAGAUACCAGAGCGGGAUCCAAGCCCAUGUCAGGCCCCUGAGCUUCAAACACCAGAGCAGGAUUCGAGUCCCCGUCAGGCCCCGGAGCCCCAGAUACCAGAGCAGGAUUCGAGUCCCCGUCAGGCCCUGGAGCCCCAGAUACCAGAGCAGGAUUCGAUUCCCUGUCAGGCCCCAGAGGCCCAGAUACCAGAGCGGGACCCAAGUCCCCAUCAGGCCCCGGAGCCUCAAACGCCAGAGCGGGACCCAAGCCCCCAUCAAGGGCUGGAACCCCAGACACCAGAGCGGGACCCAAGUCCCUGUCAUGCCCCGGAGCCCCAGAUACCGGAGCAGGACCCGAGCCUCCAUCAGGCCCCCGAGCCUCAAACACCAGAGCAGGACUCGAGUUCCCGUCACACCCCUGAGCCCCAGAUACCAGAGCAGGAACCAAGCCCCUGUCGGGGUCCAGAGCCCCAGACACCAGAGCAGGACCUAAGCCCCAGUCAGGCCCCAGAGCCCCAGACACCAGAGCAGGACCUGAGCCACAGCGAGACACAACUUCCACCGACACAGCAGCGAAACCAAGGUGCUCAGGACCCCACAGAACCUGCUGCAGGACAAGCCUCUAAAUCCUCUCAGUGCCUGUACUCCUGGCAUUCUCAGAAACCACGACCCUUCCCUCACUGGUGGCCACCAAAGAAGUAAGGGCCAAAAUGGCUCCUUGUGUAACUGAGGCAGAAAAUGCAAUACAAAUCCAAGUAACCCUAGUGCGCACUUACUUCUGGUGACCGGAGCAUGGUCUUCCUCGUCACAGCCUCUUUGCUAUGGCUCCAAACCUCUCCUGCAAUGCUUUCCUGCUACUGUCUAUAAAAUACAUUAGGGGACAAGCUCUCAGCUGGUGUAGCACCCAGGCUUGUCCCCUAAUGUAUUGGGAUUGGAUUUGACGGGGGGGGGAGCAGAUGCUUUCAUAGAUGCAUAGAGAUUCCAAAGCCAGACGGGACCGUUGUGAUCAACUAGGCAGAAUCCCUGUGUAACGCGGGUCAGAGAACGCCCCCAAAAUAAUCCCCCAAGCAGAUCUUUUACAAAAACAUCCCAUCUUGAUUUAAAAACUGUCAGCGAUGGAGAAUCCACUACAAACCUUGGUCGAUUGUUCUAACGGUUAAUUACUCUCACUGUUCAAAACGUACCGGUACAUCUUAUUUUCAGACUGAAUUUAUCUCGCUUUUGAAUUCCAGCCAUUGGAUCGUGUUAGACCUUCCUCUGUUAGACUGAAGAGCCCUUUAUUAAGUAUUCGUUCCCCAUGUCGGUACUUGUAGAGUGCGACCAAAUCACCCCUUGACCUUCUCUUUGUUAAGCUAAAUAAAUUGAGCUCCUUGA